CCCGAAUUGAACAGUCAAAACAAUUGCGAAUGCCGUCGACACCACCGUCGCCAAUCGCAGACGCUGCACCAAGAGCGUGUCCUCCUUGCGUAGCGUCGAGGCGCCCGGGAAAGGGCUUUAGUGGCAUGCCGGACCCCUGUACCGGUGCAGCCCAGGGUUGUCCAGGCGCGUCGGCCAGUGCGCAUCUCGACGCUCUCAGUGGGUGCUAUUCGCUGGAGCUGCCCACCGCACCGCCGCAGACGCGCCUGCCAAGGAAACCCGGACACCUGCACAGGCCGUGGGCGCAGAGGCAGCGGGACCCGCUUUCAGUGGCCCUGCCCGCUGUAACUGGUUCCCUGGACCUGGCUGAGUCGCGGUCUGCCCAAAGCAAACACCCAAUUGCCCAAAGCGACGCUUUUGCCUGUGUUUUUCCUCUCGCCUCCAGCAACGCCGCCCUCUCUCCUCUCGGCCAUCGUCGCCAAAGGAUCGUCUAACACCAGACCCUCGACUCGCGGUUGCAUUCUUUCCUCCAUCUGAUCCUUGGGUUGCGUCUAUUUUAUAAUAGCCUGCUUUUCUUUUUAGCUCGUCCCCGUCCAGCCAGGUCGGACGUGCUCAGAUUACCAAGGCAUUUCCAAAAAUACACCUACCUGACCGCACCAUAACAUCACGCCCUCAGUUGACCCCUUUCGACACCCUCAUGCAUCGAUACGUAUAGCGACACCUAGCAGAUUCGAUCAACGACUGCGUCAAUUUGGCUCAUUAGUCCGCCUUCACCACCAGGCAACGACAGCAGCUUGAUAAGCUUUGGCCGACACCCCCCAAAGUCAAAGAGGUCAUCAUCACAUCAACGCAUAACACCGUCUGUUUUGUUCCUUGUACCGCCCUACCAGCUCUGUCCACCCCGUAUUAUCAAAGGGUUGGCCAGCUUUGAUACAGUACAGCUACGCCAUGCCAUCGUAUUUGGCGGACGAUGAGAUGCCAGACUUCUCGUCGAACCUCGCCCAGCUCCAACUCGACCCGCAGAAUCGCUUUGGCCUUACCGCAAACAAAGAAGUUGCCAAUGUUGGCGCUGUAAACAGCGAACAAACACAUCAUAUCUCAGAGAGCUUUGACGAUCGCUCCACCCUCUCAACAGCACACGAAUCCGACGCCUCCGGAGCUACUCCAACGACCAUGAACGGUGGAUCCCAGUCGACAGGCAAAACGUCAAUAAACCGAGCCUCCCAUACCUCUUACAGUGAUGAAAAGGCUGCUUCAAACGACAUUGCGAAUGGUACAACAAUGAUCUUACCAGACAGGACCUCGAAGGCUGAUACUGAUAAGCUCUCGUUGUCGCCAGAUGAUAUCACUCAGUUCCCGUUAGCACCGACCACCAACGGUCAAGAAUAUAGCAACGAUGGUGGGAAUUCAACACCACACGACUCCUUGACACCCUCAAACUCCGACGUACGCACAAACGCCCCCCAAUCGGCAACCCUGGCUCCUCCUAAGCCUGGCCCUCAUCGGUUCUCUUCUCCCCCAGCCUACCAGUCGGGUAAUUCAGUGGUGAAAUCAUCACCUUCUGGUCACCUACUUCCUCCUGAGCAACUCCAACCGCCGGUUCUCAAACAACGACAUACCCUUGAGGUUUCCAAGCCUACAGCUAGUAGAACAUCCAAAGAUGGCCUAGAUUCAGCCCAAAGCACUGGUCGAUUUUCGCCAACUACUGCAGCCGGGGGCAAUCGACGUACAUCGAUGAAUUUGGGCCGUAGGAGUGCCCGAAUGUCAAAUGCGGACAUGCCUCGAGAUGAAGUAGCCCCUGACGAAGACGCUCUUAGAUGGGCCGAAGCCUACCGCCAGAAGCGAGCUAGUAAGCGUCGCAAGAAGGAGGAGGAAGACGAUGAUAGAGUCUUGGUUGGCACAAAGGUCGACGAAUCGCAUGCAAACUGGGUUACAGCGUACAACAUGUUGACUGGCAUUCGCGUGUCUGUCUCAAGAACAAACGCCAAACUGGAUCGUGAGCUCACUGAUGCCGAUUUUGAGGCCAAACAAAAGUCUACGUUUGAUAUCACCGGUAACGAGCUGGUUCCCUCGGCCAAAUAUGAUUUUAAGUUCAAAGACUACGCUCCUUGGGUCUUUCGCCGACUUCGAGCCCUCUUCCGCCUUGAUCCUGCCGAUUAUCUAAUGUCCUUGACGGGCAAAUAUAUCCUAUCCGAGCUAGGUUCUCCUGGCAAAAGUGGCAGCUUCUUUUACUUUUCCCGAGAUUACAAGUACAUCAUCAAAACGAUUCACCAUGCCGAGCACAAAUUUCUUCGCAAAGUUCUCAAGGAUUACUACACCCAUGUUCAAGAGAACCCCAACACCCUCCUCUCUCAAUUCUACGGCCUUCAUCGCGUUAAGAUGCCAUACGGCAAAAAGAUACACUUUGUCGUCAUGAACAACCUCUUUCCGCCACAUCGUGAUAUUCACACCACCUUUGACCUCAAGGGUUCUACUGUCGGCCGUAAUUACAGGGAAGAAGACCUUGAAAACAAUCCUCGUGCGACGCUUAAGGACCUCAACUGGCUACGCCGGCAACGAAACCUUGAGUUGGGUAUCCAAAAGAAGCGUCUGUUCCUAGAGCAGCUUCAGAAGGAUGUUGCACUCCUCAAGCGUCUCCAGAUCAUGGAUUAUUCCCUACUUGUUGGUAUCCACGACCUAUCUAGAGGAAAUGAUGAAAAUCUUCGUGACAAGACGUUGCGGGUUUUCAAUCCAGGCGGUGACAAGUCUGCUGAGGAAGAGCCUCAGCCCAAUCUUUAUCGCACGCCGUCCAAAAUGGAGACCGCUCGAAAAGCCCGCGAGCUUCGACAGAUGAUUCGACAAGAGCGCCCCAUUCCUAUUGGACAGGCUAUUGAUAAGAUGCCGGAUGAGCUGGGCGAGAGCCACAGCCGCCCUGGCUUUGUCUUUAACCAAGACGACGGCGGAUUCCAGGCUACGCACGAAAACAAUGCUCCGGCAGAUGAGAUCUACUAUCUUGGUGUUAUCGACUGCCUCACACACUAUGGUGUUAUCAAAAAGAUUGAACACUUCUGGAAGGGCCUUUCGAACGAUAGGACGCAAAUAUCGGCCUUGCCGCCCGAUCAGUACGGCGACCGAUUCUACAACUUUGUAGAGGGUGUCACCAUGUCUCAUGAAGAAGCGCAGCGGGAGGCCCUGCGCAGAGACAGGGAGCUCAUGGAAGCCGCAAGGCAGUCGAUGGACAAGGCUCACAAACAGAAGGAUAAGCAGAAGCUUGCCAUUCCGCCGAUGCCAACACACCAGCCGCCUGCUCCUCCGGGCCAACCGUCCCGGGAAGCUAGAGAAACGGUAAACCUGGCAAACACGGAAGCCGAGAAGCUCGAUACAGAAGCAGUGCAGGCUGGGCAACAUGCACCUGACCGUGUUUUGGGUACCAUUGGUCCCCUAGAAGGGCGAGAUGGGCAGCGAGAUUCCAUCUUGCCCAUUGUGGAAGAAGCUGGCGAAGGCACCCGUGAAGAAGGGUCAUCAGAUGCGACUCCAGUCAAUGCCAGCCCUACCAGGGGCCGCCUGAGCAGAGAAAGUCUCGACAAGAAGCUACCUCCGCUGCCAGGGAGUGAAGAGAGCAGACAGGAGAGUGGAGUUCGCAUAGUGGCCUAGAUUGCUAGCGCCUGGCAAUACUGUCUUACCCCAGCUUGUCCUGAUUAACGUCACUCCUUCGACCUUUACUUUUUUCCAGCACUAUUAUCCAGUCUAUUUCUUGUUAUAUGUUGCAUUUUCACAAAGCAAGCGGGCAAAGAGCAAAGAGCGGGUGUCAUCAAAGUUAAUCAAUACUCAUAUCCUUAAUUCGCCUGACAACAGCUUCUUUUCUGAUCAACCCAUCGGCGCUGUUUCUCGUUGGCGUGAGUUUGGUUUUCCAUCAUGUCCUUUAUUCUCAGCCUUCAGUAGGAUUUCUACUUUUGUUUUCUUUCUUGUCUUUUUUUGUUUGCUCCAACACAUGGAUGAUACCACCAGCUGCAUUUGCGAGUAUUUUCUAUUCCUGCUGUUUUAUAUUUCUUGCCACCUUGUUUGAUUGGGCAAGCCUGCAUGGGAAGGGACUAGGGUCAUUGUUUUUUGUAAUGCUAAAGUAGUAACUUAGAAUGAAGAAGAAUAAGAAGAGUUUUAUUUUGUAUCCUUGAUUGUGCUUCCUUGUGUGCCGUACCGCUGCGUUGUUGGCCAGAAGUCUCAUAGCUAAUUAUACAUGCUGCCUUUGAACCAGGCCCUUAAACGUACAUGUCCCUCUCCAAAAUCGCAGUCGUCGGGCAUGAGAGGCUGUGCUCUUGUUCGCCAAUGUCCUGUUUUAUAUACUGUGAAAUUCCACUUGUCGCCCAUGAUGUGAGUCCUAUCGUUAAUUGCCGCCCUUCUUCUCCCACAUGCUCUGCAGGUCAUCCUUGGAUGUGCCCUUGCCCUCUGGCGCAAAGGCCGUCGACACCGACAUUUCCACGGCUCCCUGCUUUCUCAGCUCGUCCAGUCUUCGCUUCUUCUGAAUAUCGGCAACGCGCCACUGCUUAAAGUACUUGACCCAGGCCACGGCGCAGUCUUUCUCAAACUCGGCGGAAGAGGCGGCGCAGGCCUUUGCGGCAGCGCUGGCACCCGGGUCCUUUGUAGCAUCGACAAUGUUGUUGGCAUCGAGACAGGCAAAGUAGGCGUCACGGGCGGCCCAGCAUACAGCUCGCUCGUUACGUGUGGGAAUGGCAUUGCCGUUGCGGAUGGCGUCGCCGCGGGUUUCUGAAGAGAAUGGCCACCAGCCCAUUGCGUCGGAUGAAGGGGGGCGGUUGAGUAUGUGGUUCUGUAUUCGAGAAGGGUUGUGGCGCAGUUAUCGUUGCUUCUGCGAUUAUUCUGCUUCAGGAAAUGAAUUGGGCUUGACAGAUGCGAAUAACUCGACGGUGUUUAAAAAUAUUAGUUUGAUGAUUGUACGUACAGCAAUAGCUGUGACGAUGGCGGCGGACCACCUACGAAAAAGGGCGGCAGAAACCAGCGG